AUGGGGCCACCACGAAGGAAAGAUAAUGUGAAUAAGGGAAACCACUCCCUAAAUCCCGUGUUAGAUCGAGGAAAGCAGGAAAAGGGAUCAACUAUGCGUUCUAAGAACACGAUUCGUCGUCUUAAUAUGUAUAGAAAUUUCAAGCCUAAACGUGAUAAGCAGGGUCAUAUUGUUCGUGCCGCUCCUUUUCAAAAUACUGUUGCUUCUGGUACCGUCUCCCGAGUUGAGCCUAAUCGUCGAUGGUUUGGCAACACUCGAGUUAUUUCCCAGGAUUCCCUUCAAGCCUUUAAAGAGGCCAUGAAGAUAAAGAAUCCAUACGAAAUUAUGCUGCGUCAAACUCAGUUGCCAGUUUCCCUCCUAGAUGAAAAGAAAACGAAAAGGAGACCAGAUAUUCUCGUUGCUGAAAGCUUUCAAGAUGCUUUUGGUAAAAAGGCUAGAAGAAAACGUCCUCAGUUAAAUGUGGAUGAUUUAUCAGCUUUAGCCAAAAAAGCUGAAGAGAGCUGGUUGUCAUAUUCGCAAGGGAAUGAUCGCGACCUUGUUCGCGAAGAUGAGCCCAAGUGUAUUACUAGUGAUCCUCAUUUCAAAGCUGGAUCUUCUAAAAGAUUGUGGAAUGAACUUUUCAAGGUCCUAGAUUCCUCGGAUGUUGUGCUUUACGUUCUUGAUGCGCGUGACCCUAUGGGAACCAGAUCAAAACACAUUGAGCAGUAUAUGAAAAAGGAGAAACCCAACAAACAUUUCAUAUUUGUCAUUAACAAAGUCGAUCUUGUACCAGUUUGGAUUACGAAACGCUGGAAGAAAUUAUUGUCUAUGGAAUACCCAACUCUUGUAUUCUAUGCUAAUUUGACAAAACCUCUCGGUAAAACUGCUUUGAUGGGUUUGUUACGUCAAUUGGCUGGUCUACAUGCGAAAGACCGCCAACAAAUAAGUGUUGGAAUUAUUGGCUAUCCCAAUGUUGGAAAGUCAAGCAUAAUCAAUGCCUUGAGAUCGAAGAAGGUUUGUAAUGUAGCUCCAAUCGCUGGAGAAACAAAAGUCUGGCAGUACGUGACAUUGCUGAAAUCGAUUUAUCUUAUCGAUUGUCCUGGUGUUGUUUAUCCGGAAGGUGAUACGGAAGCCGAUAUGGUUAUGAAGGGUGUGGUCCGCGUUGAAUACCUCUCGCAACCCGACAUCUACAUUCCAGAGGUUUUAGCUCGAGUCAAACCUGAGUUUUUACAACAGCGCUACGGUCUCCCAGAUUUCGAUCCAUCCUGUCACCCGCUUUCAGGAGAAUCAAUUACAGGAGAAAAGAAAGUCACUGAAGAAGUAGAAAAACCAGUUUAUGAAUACUCAGAAACCUCUAAGUGGCCCGUAGAUCCCAAUCUCUUUCUGGAACUAGUUGCAAAGAAGACAGGCAAGUUGUUAAAGGGUGGUGAGCCGGAUAUUACCACAACUUCCAAACGUGUGCUUAAUGAUUUUCAACGCGGAAAGCUUCCCUACUUCGUCAAACCGCCAGGUCUAGAAGAGGAAGAAGGCGAGGAAAAUGGAACUGGACCUUCAGAAAAUUCUCAGCAGAAGGAAGAGUCUCUUGAACGGGACUUUGCUGAUGCCUUUGAGGAAACUGCAGAUGCUGGUCAAACAGUGGAAGAAUCGAUGGAGCAAAUCAAUGAGAAUUUCGAUGCAGAAAGUGACAGUGACGCUAGUGGAAUAAAUCUCCUUCCAACUGCUGAAGACGAAGAAAUAAUCCAAGCUGAAGAGGAGGAGCAGGUCAGCAAAGAGAAGGGUCUAUCUAAAGCCCGUCAGCGUCAAUUAGAAAGGGCGCUGAGGAGACGAACUGGUCGUGCUGGAAAACACUUUUACGAGGAAGUGAGCGUUAAAAACCGUAGGCGUAGAUGA